UAUUUAUUAAAUUUUAUGACAUCGUUUAUUCGUAUGAUGUAAAAAAAUAUAUUUUUGUUAAAAUACCUUCAAACGUAAAUUUCAAAACCGUCUACGCAGUAAGUGACUUAUAUUCAGUUUGAUGGAGCGCGAAAUGCUACAGCUGCGGCGAACAAGAAGAGUCACGCUCGAUCUUGUCUCGGGAGCUCGCCGGAGAGUCGGAGAUCUCUGGUCUGGUCAAAAGUCCGCGCGAGGGACGAGGACCUGCUUACGAGUUACGAGUGUCGCUGUCGCCGACCGCCGUGCGCUCGGAUUGUUCGCUGGUGCUAUGAGGUGGCGCUCGUUGUCGGACGCAGUCGAUGACGGCUGCGGGACCGUCACAUACCUACAUACAAUAUACAUGAGUAGCCAGUGGGGACUUAGGGAGCAGUCAGCAGAUUAUAAGGAAAACAGUAAAAAGUGUACUAUUGUAUUUUUGUGUUAAAACAUCAAUAGUUUACCAAAGAAUGUUAAAUAUGUUAUGCGUAUGUUGUACUAAGAAUUUUUUACUACAAAACUGCACAUAAUUAAAUUGCACAAUGACUUCUGAAGAUCGCUUUAAAACACUAGUUGGAGAUCUAGGCAAAGCUACAUUAAGAGGGGUUAAAAAAUGUCCUAAAUGUGGAACCUACAAUGGAUCUCGAGGAACGUAUUGUAAAAACAAAUAUUGUGAUGCUGUUUUCAAAGGACCUGGAGAAAAACGCAAACUAUCAACAGAAGCUUGUAAACUCAUCACUGGAUCCACAGCUCAAGUAUUUUCUGUGCAGGUGCAUGAUAAAGGUCCUGGCCAUCGUGGAUUUGUACAGUUACCAGUUGUUAAUUUGACAAUUUCCACAGAAUUGGGUCCAAUAUUAUCUCAGAACUCUGCUCUAUGUUUUGUUGAUAACUGUGAAAUGAGUUUCAAGAAUAGUGUUUUACAAUGUCACGAAAAAAAUGCUUCUCACACAAGUACAUCAACUUGCCAGCAUAUACAAGCAGCAUUGCGUUGUUAUGCUGAAGCACAACCUCUUACACUACGAAACUCUAUAUUAUCUUCAUUAAAUGUUGGCACUGAAAUAAAACAAGAAAUCUGGUUGCUAGCCACUGAAACGGCAGGACCACUUGUCCAAAGAGUGUCGAAAAACAUAAUGGCUGUCAAAUGUAAAACUUCUCCAAAGAAUCCACUUGGUUAUUUACAUUUCUCUUUCUUUACUACAAAGUUAAAAGACAAAAUAGAGUACAAAUUUUGUUGUAACUGCUUUGUUUCUAAGGCCAGGAAGUUUAACGAAAACGAAGUUGAUGCUCUAACUGCCACAAGAUGUGUACACUUUUAUGCUUGUAUUUGUGCAUUUGCAAGCGAUCCUAAAUUGACAGAAGAAUUUCAGUAUUAUAUAAAUCUUGAUCAGUCUGACUUAAUUCUUCGAGAUUCCCUUUCUUUUGAAUUCAGUGGUAAUGAUACUGAUAAACUUGUUGAAAUGGAUUUGGAAAAUUUAUCAGAUGAUACACAUUUGUUAAUAUUUCGAGAUGAUUCUUUGACAGUUCAAAACUUGCAACAUGAUAGAUUAGAUAUUGACAGUAUAAAUUUAGAUCCAUCAAUUUUAACUGCCAGCAUGAUCGAAAGUAUAAAAGACUCUGACCAUCAUUUAUUAGAUGAUGCUAACAUAAUAUCAGAGGUACAUAAUUUAGAAGUGAUAGACCAGAAUGCUGUUUUUGAUGGAAGUACUAUAAAGAUCAUUGGAGACCCUAUUAUGAUUGAUACUAAUUUUGAUAAUAUUAGUACAGACAAGCAUAUCCUCUUAGAUGAUAGCAUACAUCCUGCGAAUGGCGCAACUAUAAGAAUUCUCGAUCACAAUCUUUUAUUCGACGCCAAUAGCAUUCAAUUCCUUGAAUCAAAAGAUGCACCGAUCCUUGGGAAUAGUCCAGCACUUACCAAAAUACCAGCCGAACGGAAAACAGCGACGACCACGAAGAGAAAACGCGAAGAAAACAAAAACCUCUCAACGAUCACGAAUUUAAAUUCGAUCGAGCCUAGAAAAACUAAAAUAAAAAAUUCACAGACAACCAAAAAAUAUCCUAACACAUGUGAAAAUGUUGACGAAUCUAAUGCUAAUCUAUCUUUUAUCAGAUGGUUGUCCUCGAUUACGGAGCGCAUAAAUCAGACGAUGCAUUUUCAAUUCGAUGGCAAACCAGAGCCUCUAGUCUUUCAUAUACCACAGACGUUCUUCGAAUGUCUACGCGAAAGAAUGUCCUGUGGUGCCAGAAAAAAGCGUCUGCCUAACUCGACAACGGCGUUUGUUAGAAAGGAUGGUGUUCCUCUGGGAACUUUUACUAAAUAUACCUGGAACAUUACCAAUAUUCUGCACGUAAAAAGCAUUUUUGAGACGCCACUCAUACCUUUGGAAAUCACGAGAAGUUUUGUGCAGAAUGCCGAUGGAUCGUACGAGUUGUAUAAGAGAGAAGAGACCGAAAUCGAUCGCUUCAAAAAGACGGAUAACACAGCUCUGAUCAAACCCCUCGAAUUGAAGACCUUUUUAAAAGUUGGAAACACAUCGCCUAAUCAAGUACAGCCGACUCCGUUCUUGAUUGAAUGGAUACCAGAUAUUUUACCGAUAUCGAAAAUUGGCGAACUUCGAAUUAGAUUUGAAUUUGGACAUGUGAAAAACGAAACUCCACAUAAGUGGAAAAAAUUAGCUUUACCUAAAAAUUAUUAAUUCAUACGUAUCAACUACGUAAGAUCUUUUAACAUAUUUUUCAUUAUUUUUAUAUUGCUAAGCAUUUUUAAAAAUCGAUAAGAUACGUUUGAUAACCUUAAGCCGAUGUUUAUUACACUUUUGUGGAAACGUUAUAUUAAUUUUUUUCAAGAUUCUAUUGUAUGUAUGUACAUAAUGUAUAGGUAACUGAAAAGUGGUUGAAAAGGGAAACGGAUUGUUAUUUUUAACAUUUAUGUAGAGAAAAUUGUUAGUGCUGAGGCGAUUUGCAGUUAAUAAUUUGUUAAAGUUUACUACUUACAAUGAAAACUAGUAUUUUUCUAAAAAUGUUUCCACACAGUGUUUUGUUGUAUUAUUACAGUCUGAAUUUUUGUGAAAGUCAAUCAGUUUUUAAGUAUUAUUUCAGCAUUAAAAAAAUUAAACUAAAAUUUUGCUGUUUUUAUUUAGGUUUUGAAAUUCACGAACCAAAUAUAUUAAUUAUUACUUAUAUUAACAGUAAAAUUACGUGAAAAGUCAAAUGUUAUUUAUAUUUAUAAAGCGUGUGAUAUGUAAAAAUGUAAACUACAUCCUUCUACGUAUUAAUUGUUACAAAUAUUUUUGAUUAUCCAACUUGCAGUAAUAAAAUUAUUUACUAAUUAUUACUUUAUCAAACCAAAAUUUAA